AUGGAGAAAGACAAAGGAUCAUCGAAUGGCGCUACCAGUAUUCCACCUCCUCCAUAUAGCACCACAGCAGAUGGCCAAAAUCAAGCCUCGACUCUAGGAAACUUAUGGUCGGAUGCAAUUGCAACCUACGAGAGAAGAACAGGUCAAACCCUUAGCCUAGGCCAGAUGAAAAACCUGGAUGAGGUGAUCAAGGGGAUAGAAAAGCAGACGGAAAAGCUCGGAGACUUUAGACAUGAUAAGGGUAAGACGGAUAAAGUGAGAAGUGCAUUUAAAGAUAAUUGAGACUGCGGGGAAGGCAGCGGGGUUAGGUCGAAAUUAGAAUUAUGAGAUUAUUAGCUAAUUAUUUAAGGCAUUUCCUCCUGCGGUGCCUGUGGGAUUGAUAUUUUGCGCUUUGGGGCAAGUCAUGAACGUAUGUCACACAUACAUUGCUGGUCCUUCAACCUCCCAUGUCGCCUGAGUUCCUUGUGAUUCUCUAGAAUUGAAUUUAAUGCGGUUUUAGCACGUUAUGGAAUUGGAGUAAGCUGACCAAUUAUGUAGAGCUUCAAUGAAAUGUCGGCCGAUUACGACAAAUUUAUGGACUUUGCCUUUGUAGGUCGUUUCUUCGAAAGGCUUUCGAUCAUUGAAAAUAGGACCCCAGAAUCGGCAGGAUUCUUGAAUGCCGUUAUUUGUGUCUUUACCAAUAUGCUGGAAAUCUUUGCUAUAGCCCAGAUGUACUCAAAAAAGCACGGGCGAUUCAGUAUGUGCUACGAAGAAGUAUUGUUUUUGAAUCUUACUAACAAUCUCCCAGAGAAAUGGUUUCUUAACUUGGUUGAUGGAGAGGAUCCGGAUUUAACAAAGGCAUACAAAGCCAUGGAAAUGGCUGUCAAUGAACUGAGUGAUGCUGUUGGAAUAGAGACGCUGAGAAACACCGCGUCCAUCGCUAAGGACAUGGAGGGCUUGGUAUCAACAACAACCAAAUCGAAUUAGCGGGGGGGAUCACAAGGGCAUACACCGAAAUACUGGUUGCGAACGUCUAUGAGCAAAAAGCGAAUUGGAAAAAGAUUGAGGAAUGGAUGGUAAGGGCCAAUGAAAAGUCCCUUGUCACUUCGAAUAAUAAUGACGUCACUAAAUACCAUCCAAAAAGAGGAAAAACUGACCCAGGAGAGAAGAGACGCGUUGCUCUGGCUGAAGUCAAGGGGAAUUUCAAGCGUUUUUAUCCAGGUUUUGAUUUGAACGCUGGUUCACGAGCGAGAAGUCAAGAAAAUAGUCGGAUCGAAGGCUCUAUUGACGGUACGGGUCAAUGGAUUUUCGAAGAAGAAAAUUACAAGGGGUGGGCUUCCACAAAUGGUAACGAUGUUGCUUGGAUCGAAGGUGGUGCCGGUAUUGGAAAAUCUUUCUUAAGCCAAACCAUCGCUAUGGAUCUGGAGAAAUCUUCCACCAAUUCCAGCUUCUAUGCCAGCUUUUCUUUCAAGGAAGGUCAGGAUGGGUUAACUUCUUUCAAGAAUUCGCUGUGUUGUCUUUCGAUUCAAAUUGCUGAAAAGAAUCCGAAUUACCUCGAAGAGUUGGCUAGCGCACUCGACACAAGUAUUUUUUCUUCCGGUGUCCUCGACCUUUGGAAAACUUGUUUUACUGAACGAUUCCCAUCCAAGGGCGACGCCCAUACGUGGCUUGUGAUUGAUGGUGUUGAUGAGAUGAAUGAGAUGGAACCUAAAGUCUGAUGGAAUGCCUAGCCAAGAUAUCAAGCGAGGAUCUGAAUAUUCACGUUCUUCUGACUGCUCGAUCUGCGAUAUCUGAUGAAAUUCUGACUUUGAAUCCGCUGGUUAUCCACAUGACCAAGGAAAAGAUCAAGACUGAUAUCGAACAGUUCGUCUUGAAAAGAAUGGAAGUCCUCCCGCACCUCAGGAAGUUCCGCAAAUCUGUUAAGAGCAGAAUUACGAACAAGCUUAAAAGGAAUGCAGAUGGUAUGGACUUGAUUUUAUCUGUUUGCAUACACUAACAGAUCACCCAGGCAUGCUUUAUGUGGAAUACAUACUUCGUCGACUGAAUUAUAUCGGACGUGAGAAAGCAGUAGUGAAGGACCUCGACCGAAAUCUACCUCACGGUCUGAAAGACUUGUACAGCUUGAUGUUAACUGAGUGUCAAAGCAGCAUCACUGCGGAGCAGUGUCGAAUAGCCAAGGAGUUGUUUGCUUGGAUGGCCUACUCAAAGCGUACACUGACACGCGAAGAAGCAGCACAGCUUUGUGCAAGUACUGCCGGCAAGGAUGAUUUUGACGUUGAAGAUCUUGUAGAUGAGAUCAAUGGUAGAUCUGCAAGGUAUUAUAUUUCCAUUGAUCUGAUAAGAUUUGUUUUUUGUUACUGAAUUUGUUCAGGAUAUUAGAGUUCAACAGAAGCCAAGAAGAUGACGAAGAUUUGGAGGAGAGGGCGGACGAUAAAACUGAGACAAACGAUACCGAGGAGCCUGGUUUCCACAUGGAAAGCGGAGAGACACCAUUGGACUUCCAGGAACGUCCCCUCAGAGAAUACUUUCGAGUUGUGAAGACAGAAAAGAAUGGGCUCCGAACCCAGCCUUCGACAGCUCAUCUUGCAAUUUUUGAAACUUGUGGUUCACUUCUAUUAAAGAACGAAAGUGAAAUGGAAGUUGAGAAGCGACCAAAGCUACUCGAAUAUGUUGCUAAGUAUUUUCCAGAUCAUCUGGAGGAAAUUGAUAUAAACAGUAUUAGUGAUGACGAAGCGUAUAGAGUUGUGGUUGUUCUUUAUAAGAUUCUAACGAAUUUCAACAACUUUGCCCGUGUCAUAGAGAGUUUCGGCACUCUUUUGUAUUCUGAAAUGGCUUCAAACGGCGACGGAUCUUGGAUCGAUGUGGUUAAGCAGUGGGCAGGUCGUGCCAUUUCUUUGGAUGAGAAUGUUCUUGGUACCGAGGUCGCACAAUGGGCGAAAGAAAUUAUAACGUCAGAACAACUUCUGAUGAGUCUGGCUCGGGGUCAUGUGCUGAACUCAUUCAAAGCCUUCGACGAUUUCAAGAUUUCGAGGGGAUUCGAAUACGCAAGAGACGCUUUCAAGUUGGUGAGUACAGCCACAAAAUUUUCCCAUCUUCUAAUCUUUGAUUCGCCUGAUGCAUUUACUAAAAUAAUAACUAAAGUCGGGGUUCGACGUGAAAUCGGACACCUUGAAAACGGUUCUCACCAUUAUGACGCACUCCACCGAUAUGAAAAUUGAUGCCGGUUCCUAUGGAGCAAUCGCUUCCACCCUCGCCAGGUUUGAUCUCCCUGAAGAGGCUAUCAAAUAUGUCAAUAGAGCUUUCGAUAUUCUUUCCCUGGGGAACAGUUCCCUGAGGUUCUAUCUCACAGCAUCUUUGUUUCAUCUGGCUGUAGAUCUGGCUGAAAAGGGCAAUGAGUUCACCAAACAAGAACACGAGAACCCAAUACGGUAUAUUGAUCAAGCAAUCUCGGUAUUACCUCUUGAUUGGAGAAAGUCCAAAGAUCUGCCUGAUAUGGUUGAAUAUCUCUAUUUCAGAAAGGCGGAGCAAUUGACGACAAAGGAACGGCCGGAGGAUGCCAUUCAAGCGUACGAGGAGUUGAGAGCAGUGCGGCCCGAUAAGACGGUGGAAGGGUUUGUGCUUCAACUUAUGGUUAAAAUCUGGGACGAAGAACACGAUCCAGAUGCAAGCAGAACUUUUGCCAUGAUCAAGGGCUGGACUGAAUCAGAACUGCUAACUUGGUUUGCGUGGAUCUUUGAUUCUCCUGACUUCGACGUCACAGACGCGAUACUCAGACUCGACCGAGUGGCAGCGAAGAAUGGGGAAGAGGGAAAGAAAUUCAUUCUCCAAUGUUAUCGAAACUACACGGAAACACUGAGAUCAAAAUCGGCACAUGCUCAUAGUGAAGCAAAUCGGGAUUCCACAGGUAACUAUUCCCACUAUGAGGAAUAAGAGAAACCCGGGGUAAUAUCUGAGAGCUCAUAAUGAUACGAGGUGGCUAACAUCAUGAUAUUUUAUUCUUGUUUCCUUUUAAUAACGCAAGCUCAAAUGCUACCAUUCUGUAAACUCGGCCUUGGCAAAUACAUACAGAUGCGUUUUACGGGACGACCACAAGGCCAAGGAGAUAUAUACGGAUAUUCUAAAGCACCAAUCACGCGGCACAGACCUUGAACUUGAGCAGACUUUCUUCAAAUCUCGACGUGCCCUCGCGGAGAUCAUGUUUGAAGAAUUCAGAGGAUCAAGUGAUCCAAUCAAAAAAGCAAAAUUGCUGAAUGAGAUGAAGGAUUACCUCACUCCAAGCGAAUUGAAUAAAGGCGUUUUUAAAAUUGAGAGCUCGAACGCGAGCAUCAUAUUUGCCAUUAUGCAUCGAGCACUGGGCUCGGCUACUGAGUUUGAGUCCAUUUUGAAGAAAACGUUUGAUACUUGUAUUCAGGGUUUGUCUGAUACUGUUGGAUGGAAUGAUUCGAGCAGUUUUAGAUUGCUAUCGAAAGUUUUGGCGUGCGUGGAAGGAAUGGAGCGGGACUCACUCAUUGCACUUUCGUGUAUGUAUUCAAAGGUCACCGAAGAAUCGCUUGAAGAGACUGUUCAAGUCAAUUCAGAGAAGCAACUCGAAGAAGAGAUCAAUCUUGAUACGCCGAAGCCGGAUUCAGAAAGAUCCGAGACCGAGAAAAAGAUUGGUACCGAUGAAUGUGCAGCAGACACACCAGUUCAUCUCACUAAGACGACUAUUCCGACCUCGACAAUGGAUGAUGGGGUUUUGACUAGCAAUACCAAAACAAUCAUUGAAGAAGUUACCCUUUCGCCGGAGAAGCCUGACAAGGCCAUCGGCCAAAUUGAGGCUGAUGACUCUACCACCUCAGAAGAUAGGUCAAAUGAAGCAAUCGAGAAUAAGACAAAACCAUACGCUCUUCCUCCAAUUCCCGACGAAGAGAAACUCCCAAGCGUGGGUCAAUAUUUCGUAGGAUGUGACGGUGAUUGCGGUAGUGCCUGGUCAUCCUGGGAGGAACCACAAUAUCUUUGCAUUGUAUGUACAAACAUUGAUCUCUGCACUAUUUGUCAUGGCAAGUGGAUUUCCUUGAACGGCGGAGGACAGAGUGGGUACUGGCGGCCUUAUUGUGGGUACGAUCACAGAUACAUUAAGGGCCCUAUCGAAGGCUGGAGGGGAGUCAGAGAUGGUGAGAUACGGAUCAUGGUGGAUGGAAAGAUUGAGAAGAUCAAGCUUUCGGUUUGGUUGAGUGAACUAGACGGAAGAUGGAAUCAGGCUUGGGACAGGUUUUGGAGGAGAUUGGACGGGGUGAAGAAUAUUGGGUUCUAA